AUGGGCAUUCCUUUGUCUUCUUCCCCGCUGAACAAAUCAUACCCCUUGUCUCGUAUAUAUUGCUCUAGCAGAAAUGGCUGCAUAGAACCUGAAGAUACUCCCAGUCAAGUCCAAUACUUAUUAAAUGACUCUGAUGUAUCCCUUGAAUCUUGUCCCCAGCCCUCUCCGCCCUCCGCCCUCUAUUUUAUAUGGGUCAAAGCACCUCACGUUUGGACUGCGACUGUCGCUGUUUUCUUCAGCUGUGUACACUUUCAGGGCAUCAAGAUGUCUGGAUUUACUAUUCGUGGAUGUUUUUGGGCUGUGUUGUUGUAUUUUUGUGUUCAAUCUGCAGUGGAACAAAAGACUGAUCCCUCUGAAGUCACCGUUUUGGUAGCUUUGAAGAGUUCUUUGACUGAUCAUAUGAAACAACUUAAUAACUGGAACAAGGGGGAUCCAUGUAGGUCAAAUUGGACAGGAGUUCUAUGUUUCGAUGUGGUUGGAGCUGAUGGCUAUUUGCAUAUCAGGGAGCUACAGCUAAUGAAUAUGUAUCUAUCAGGAAAUUUAGCUCCCGAUCUUGGUCAAUUAUCUCAACUCCAAAUUUUGAAUUUCAUGUGGAACGAUUUGACUGGGACUUUGCCGAAGGAGAUUGGAAACAUUAAAUCUUUGAAACUUCUGCUCUUGAGUGGAAACAAGUUGAUUGGUUCUUUACCUGACGAGAUUGGUAAUCUUUCAGAAUUAGAUAGAAUCCAAAUAGAUCAAAAUUCAAUAUCAGGACCGAUACCAAAAUCAAUUUCACACAUGAAGAAGCUUAAACAUCUCCAUUUCAAUAAUAACUCGCUCAGUGGUCAAAUUCCUGUCGAGCUUACUAAUGUAUCCACUAUUUAUCAUUUACUUUUUGACAAUAAUAACUUAACUGGCUAUCUUCCAGCAGAGUUAUCAAAAUUAUCAAAUUUGCGCAUACUUCAACUUGAUAACAACAAUUUCAGUGGUUCUCAUAUUCCAGCUUCUUUUGGAGAUUUCGUAAACGUAGUGAAAAUAAGUCUUAGAAAUUGCAGCUUGCGAGGAGCUAUUCCCGAUCUCAGCAGGGUAGCUAAUCUCAGUUAUAUAGAUCUCAGCUGGAAUGGGCUCUCUGGAUCUAUACCAGUGAAUAAGCUUUCAGACAAUAUGACAACUAUUAAUCUGUCAAAUAACCAUCUUAAUGGAUCCAUUCCUGAAAGUUUUUCACAACUUCCAAAACUCCAGAAUCUAUUACUUGAGAAUAACCUUUUGAGUGGAUCUAUCUCAACCGACAUUUGGCGCAACAAAUCCUUCUCUGCUAAAGCCAUACUCACAAUCAAUCUUCGGAAUAAUUCACUUUCAGAUAUUUUAGGAGAUGUUAAUCCACCUGCAAACGUCACCUUCAGGCUUCAAGGCAAUCCAAUAUGCCAUAAAGCAGAUAUGUUGAAGAUUGUCCAGUUCUGUGGACCGGACUCUGGGAUGGGUUAUGUGCCCAAUUAUUCAACAAAUUCGACCAUGAUUUGUCCCAUCCAAGCAUGUCCUGUUGGCAAUUAUUUUGAAUACGUGCCAGCAUCUCCUAUCCCUUGCUUCUGUGCUUCACCCAUCCUAAUUGGAUAUAGGCUGAAAAGUCCUAGUUUCUCUUAUCUCCCUCCAUACGAGCACCCACUGGAGUUAUACUUGACUAGUUCACUUUCUCUACACCUUUAUCAAUUAUAUGUUGACUCUUUUUUCUGGGAAGAAGGGCCUCGUCUGAGGAUGUCCUUGAAGCUUUUUCCUGUGGCUGGUACUGAUCAUUCAAGUCUAUUCAAUACAAGUGAGAUUCUUCGGAUCAGAAGCAUCUUUACAACUUGGGAAUUACCUAGGAAUGACUUUUAUGGACCUUAUGAGCUUCUCAACUUCACUCUAGUGGGUCCUUACUCAUAUGUGAAUUUUAAUACUCAAGGCACAGGAAUGAGCAGGGGCGUCUUGAUAUCUAUCAUACUUGGGGCAGUUGUCUUUGCCGUAAUUAUAUCAGCAAUUCUGUCAAGUUCACUCACAAAAAGAUAUACUAACUACCGUAUAUUGUUAAGGAAACGUUUCUCCUCAAAGCUUUCAAUAAAAAUAGAAGGUGUUAGAAGCUUCACCUUUAAAGAAAUGGCAUUGGCUGCAGAUGAUUUCAAUAGUUCUGCUCAAGUUGGCCAAGGUGGUUAUGGCACUGUUUACAAGGGGAUUUUAUCUGAUCAAACAAUUGUAGCCAUAAAGCGAGCAAAAGAAGGAUCCUUACAGGGUAAAAGGGAAUUCUUGACAGAGAUAGAACUAUUGUCAAGGUUGCAUCACCGAAACCUAGUUUCUCUGGUUGGAUACUGUGAUGAAGAAGGCGAACAGACGCUGGUUUAUGAAUUCAUGCCAAAUGGCACAUUGCAAAACUGGCUUUCAGGCAAGUCAAAUAAAACGCUGGAGUUUAGAGUAAGGAUGUGCAUUGCAUUAGGUGCAGCGAAGGGGAUUCUCUACCUCCAUACUGAAGCUAACCCGCCCAUAUUCCAUAGAGACAUCAAAUCCAGCAACAUUCUUCUGGAUUCCAAACUAACUGCUAAAGUUGCCGACUUUGGUCUUUCACGGCUUGCGCCUGCCUUGGACGAUGAAGGGGCUGUGCCUAAUCAUGUAUCCACUCUUGUGAAGGGAACGCCAGGUUACCUUGAUCCUGAAUACUUUUUGACCCAUAAGUUAACUGACAAAAGUGAUGUCUACAGCUUUGGAGUUGUCCUUUUGGAGAUCCUAACAGGCAUGCAUCCAAUAUCCUAUGGCAAAAACAUUGUUCGUGAGGUGAAUGUGGCUCGAAAAUCAGGAACACUAUUUUCCAUUAUAGAUAGCAGAAUGGGAUCUUAUCCUUCAGAGUGUAUGGAAAAAUUUGUGCCUUUGGCUCUUAGUUGUUGCCAAGAUAAACCGGAAGAGAGACCAUCAAUGCUUGAAGUGGUAAGGGAACUCGAAAACAUACUUCGACUGAUGCCAGAUGAUGCUGAAAUAGACUCUUCCAAUUUCAAAUCCAAACAUUUUGAUGAAUCCAUGCCUUCAUCGUCCGGAGGUUAUCUUAGCAGUCUCACGCUGACUGUCACACCACGCUAA